AUGGCAGAUCACCAAGAGGGCGCGCGACCACCAUGGCAGACCAACGCGCGCUACAGGCCGUUCAGGAAGAAGCGAUUCGUUAAAGGCACAUAUGGGGAGGAUGUGGAGGUGGAUGCGAACGAAGAGCAGAUGGAUGAUGUCCAGCGAGCACGGCUGGGCGCUGAGGUCAGCUCCUUCUACUCGCAGUUGCUUGCCACCGCUCCCGCUCUCAGGCCGCCCUUGAAGCGACCACGCUCGGUCGGCACCGACAGAGAUCACAGGACGUCGACGAUUCAUCUCUUCCACACGACCCACAAGGCGACCCCCACAUUCGGCAUCCCGCCCAACAACGUGGGCUACCAGAUGCUGCUACACAAAUACGAUUGGGAGCAGGACAAGGGCCUCGGCACCGAGGGCCAGGGCCGCCUGGAGCCCAUCGCCACCCGACUACGCGCCCCCGACGAUCGCAAGGGGGUGGGCCACGAAGCCACGCUCGCGCGGCCGCUACGCAUCACCCACACCAAGUCGCGACACGGCACGGCCGAAGACGAAGAGGAGCAAGAGCACCUCGAGGCGGCACCGCUGCCCAACGAAGCGCUCGCCCUGGAGCACAACAAGCCCGACAAGAAGAAGAAGAAAAAGAACAAGAAACGUAAGCGUAAGGAGAAGCGACAGGAGAAGCGGGACCGCGAGGAUCGACAGCGGCAGCGCGACCAGGGCGUACGCGAAGCCGUCUACAACGAAUGGCCCGUUCUCAUCGCUCCCUAG